AUGGCCACCGCUACGCCUCUGGAUCUCUCCGGCAUCACUCGUGCCUGGCUCCGACCGGCCGAUGUCUUGACCAUAUCUCUGUCCUUUCUAUCCAUCUACAUCAUCGCCUCGGUCGGCCAGGCGGUCUACAAUGCCUACUACGGGCCACUUUCACGAUAUCCGGGUCCGACGCUUCGAGCAUUGAGCAACUAUCCACACAUCUUCAACCUCUCUCAAGGCACGGCCGCUGCUGCUGCCGCACAGUUGCACCAGAAGUAUGGACCCGUCGUGCGGAUCGCCCCCGAUCAGCUCUCCUACGCCUCUGGCGCCGAAGCAUGGAAAGAUGUCCACGGCUUCAAGAGGCUCGUAUACAAGGACCCUGACUUCUACCGGAAACCAUUCAACAAGACCCAUGGCCUCAUCACCGCUGACGAUGCCACCCAUUCGAGGCAACGCAAGUUGCUCUCGCACGCAUUCGCAGACAAGACUCUGAAGGAGUUGGAACCAAUGCUGAAGCAAUGGACAGGCAAGAUGAAAGGCAAGCUCGCCGAGAGGGCGGGCACGGGAGAGUCGGUCGACAUGUUGAAGUAUUACAACUGCACGACAUGUAAGUUCUUGAGAUCGGACUCUCGACCUCGAUCUCUUACUGACGCAACAUCUGCAGUCGAUAUCAUGGGCGAUCUCUGUUUCUCCGAAGGCCUCGACAUGCUGGAAAAUGGCGAGUACUCCGACUGGGUGAAGACCAUCUUCGAGUCCAUCAAAGAGUAUGCGUUGUCCGAGUCAGGACUUCCAAGAACAGUUGCGCUGAUAUGCUUCGCCCAGGGUUGCCAAGAUCCGUGCCAUCAAGUUCACCAGCAAGUUCCUCUCCUGGGCAAUAGACUCUUUCAUCAUGGACAGCCCGACCGUUCGGGCAAAGCAGGUAUGAUACCAAAGCGUCGCAAUCAUUUCCCAAUGCAUUUCAGAUGAUCGCGCUACGGACUGGCUUUCCGUCCCCCUGCAUUCUCGAUACCAUAUCUGAGAUGUGAGCUGAUUGUCCACGCUUAGGCCCGACACUGGAAUUAUUCGAAAGAGAGAGUAAGUCGGAAUUCUGGGUAUUCGCAAAGCUCGAGCAUUUGCUGACCGGGCAUCGUUGCUUCAGGUCGACAGAAGACUCAAGCGAACUCCAGAGCAACCUGAUCUCUGGAGCAAGAUCUUGGAGAAGAGUCAGGGGCCUGGUGGCCUCACGGUUGACGAACUCCACUCUAAUGCUUCACUCUUCAUGGUAGCGGGCACAGAGACAACUGUAAGUCUCUGUUAUUGACACACACAUUUGAAGACCAUUCUUGACCAAGACUUGCUCAGGCUACUGCUCUCUCGGGAACGACCUACCACCUCCUAACAAGCGACCCAUCAUACCUGAGGAAGCUCACGGAAGAGAUCCGAAGCACGCACAGCACCUUUGACGACAUCACCCUCGAGUCCGUUGCCCGGUUGACAUACCUCCAAGCCGUUCUUCGGGAAGGUAUGCGGAUGUAUCCGCCGGUCCCCGUUGCUCUUCCUCGAAAGGUUCCCAAGGGCGGCUCCAUGCUCUGUGGCGAAUUCGUCCCGGAAGAUACCAUCGUCGGAGUCCAUCAUCUUGCGACAUACCGGAACGAGGAGCACUUCAAGAAGCCAUACGAGUUCCGUCCCGAGCGCUGGCUCGGCGAUCCAGAAUUCAAGGACGAUCAUCUGGAUGCCCUGGAACCUUUUAGUUUUGGAGUAAGUGCAUGGAAGAUGUCUGUUCGUGUUGCUCGCAAUGGUCACGCAGCUAAUGAAAAACUUCUCUCAGCCUCGUAAUUGUCUCGGCAAGAACCUGGCAUGGCACGAGAUGAGACUCUUGUUGACGACGGUGCUACUUCACUUCGACCUCGAACUGUGCGACGAAUCGAAAGAUUGGACUGACCAGAGAAUCUACACGCUGUAAGUGAUCCCCAUCUGGCAUCGACCGAGAGCCCUUCAUUCGUACACUUGAAGCUAACGCGCCUUGCAGGUGGGAGAAAAAGCCCCUCAUGUGCCGACUGACUCCAGCAAAAGCCUGA